AUGCAACAAAACAACCCAUUCUACGGUAUAGACAUGGAGACGUUGGUCACUCUUGCAAAUCUUUUGCAGAUUCCCGAAGAACAAAAACGUCCAGAAGUUCGCUUUGCCGAAAUAAUGAAUAUUCGAGAGUACAUUGACAAGUCUUGUUUUGGAAACGUAUUGCCCUACAACAAACAGACGCAUCGCAUGUUAAAUUUAGAAGACAAGAAACUCGAAUGGUCUUCACUCACAGAUACAAAAGAUAUAGAUAAUCUCAUUCAAACGUUAGAUAAUUCAACUGAAAAUAACACGACUGGCAUGACUUCCGGAGAAUCGCAGAAUUAUCCAGUAGGAGUGGUAAUUCAAUUGGUGACAAGAUUAUUGGCCUAUUCAAUACAAUACCGAAAAUGCCUCUCAACUGUACCUACAAAGCGUCUUACCUGUGCCCUUUAUGCCAUUUCGGAUUACAGAAAUGCCAUGAUAGAUCUUUCAAAUCCUUUUACAACAUUGCAAUGGAAUACUUUAAUUUUUGAUUUCUUAGGGAAAACCCAAAAUUUGUUAAAAUUACCAUUUAAUCCGUAUAGCAAUCCAACAGAAGAUGCAAAAUCAAUGAUUACUGGGAUAUCUCCAUUUUUAGUCACUGGUGGUGCAAUCAAUCCUUUAGAUGUUAAUGUUAGUUUUGUCGAAAAUCUUUAUCGUCAAACAGCCGGUCAAUACGGAACAUUUGAAAAAACUGCUCAUGUUGCCUCGUAUAUGUGGAAGUUUGGAUUUAAGGAAUACGUAACCCAUAAAAUUCCCAUGAAACGAGUCAUUAAUGGGGCGUAUACAUGUUAUGUGGACCCGUUAAACAAGACGUACUAUUAUACUACACUGGUUCUCGAUCCAUUUUGCAUUAAGGUGCUAAAGAAUCUUCUUAUUUAUGAAAUCAUUUCUGGAAAAGCGGCCUACAUUCACAGCGCGUUAUACUUUAUAAUGAGUAUGUGUACAUGCGAAGAGGAUUUCCAAUUAAUGAUUGAUUAUGGUGUUAUAGAGUGGGGCUUCCCAAUGGAAGGGUACGACGGUUUUUGCGAAAAGAUGAAAGAACUAUUAGACGUAAUGUAUUGCUGGAAAAUUUCGACUACCUACACGUGGCAUCUGGAAAUGGUCCAGAUCGUAAAGUAUAAAAGAAAAAUGAAUAACACUUCAAAUUUUAACGAGUUUGCAGCAUCAUGUUAUGUCGGAGGGUUAUUAAAAAAGGACUUGGCCGCUACUCUAUACAGUAGCCUUAGUUAA